GUGGACGUCACAUCCCCCUCUACAAAAAACUGGAGCAGGAAGCAGAGGGGAAAUGCUCUUUUGUGUUGAUGUUUUGAGUUGUUUAACGUUAAAUUCUCGAGCAAUUUAGAGCUAUUUGACGUCUAUAUAAUUAAAGAUUACAGGUCUCUUUGAAAAGCUGUCAAUACGAAGGGGGAAAUAACAGGAAAUCAACAUGAACCUAGAGCGCCUUCCCAAUGAGGAGAAACUCACCCUCUGCAGGAAAUACUAUUUAGGGGGAUUUGCAUUCCUUCCGUUCCUGUGGCUGGUGAAUGUGGUGUGGUUUUUCAAAGAGGCCUUUGUAAAGCCAACAUAUACUGAACAACUCCAGAUCAAAACAUAUGUAAAGCGAUCAGGGCUGGGGUUGCUACUGUGGGUUGCAGUACUCACCACAUGGAUAACCAUAUUCCAACACUUCAGAGCAGAAUGGGGUGAGGUGGGCGACUACCUCUCCUUCACCAUUCCACUUGGCAUUCCCUGAGACAGACAAGGCAGGAAACAAGAAAGCUUCCUCAGUCCACUCUUUGUCACUGAUGGACCACUCAUACGCACCAAAUCAUGUCCCAUAUACUGUAGCUAGAACUAUUCUCAUUAGGCUAAAACUGUACCGCCAAUUCAUUAAAUUCUAAAUGAAA